AUGCCCCAGAAGCGGAAGCAGCACCCUCCUACCACUGAAGAUCCUCCAACUGUUUCCUCCUCCGAAUCCGAGGAAGAUGAUGAGCAAGCACCUUCCUCUCAACCGCAUGCAGCACCAGCAGAAGUACAGGUUUCAUCCUCUGAGGAAGACGAUACUUCCCAAGAUGAAGACGAUGAGCAACGUCCCAUUCUCCCUGCUUCUGCACCAUCCGACCCACGCCCCAAAUUCUCCUCCUCAGAGUCCGAAUCCGACACUGACUCCGAACCCACCCCGGCUAAACCCAAACCCGCGGACCAGGCCCAGACCCAGCGUUUCCCCACGCCGGUGAAAUCGGGAUCCAAGCGCCCCGCCAGCGUUACUGAGCCGAAACGCGCGAAGAAGAAACCAACCGGGGCUCCUUCUUCCUCUGUACCUAAUGAUGAGGCGGUGGAGGACGGGAAGAAGUCCAGCGGCCAGAUGAAGGCGUUCCAGCGGAUCUGGAGCAACGAAGACGUGUUAGGGAUUUUGAAGGGCAUGAGUGAAUAUAUCUCAAUGACUGGGCAGGAUCCCUACAGGUACGCGGACGCAUUCCACAACUUCGUUAAGAAGUCACUCCACCUGGAGGCUUCCAGCAGCCAGCUGAAGGAGAAGAUCCGACGCCUGAGGAAGAAGUUCGAGACUCUGGAGCAGAGAGAGAAGCAGGGGCUGGAGCCUCGGUUCGUGUCACCUCAAGACGAGACUGCGUAUGAAAUCUCCAAGGAGAUUUGGGGUGAAGGAGCCAAUAGACUGGUGGAAAAGCCCAAGCUUGACAGGAAAGCUGCUAAGACUGCCAAGACUCCCAACAGUAGUGCGACAAAACCCAAACCCAAACCACCGCCGGAGCCAUCAGCUCCGCCCCCGGAUUUACCGGGGUCGGAAAACCAUGAUGGUGAUGACGUGAGUUUGCUUUACCGCGAGAUUUCUCGUUUUCAAGAGCUGGAUAAGGAUGACAUGAAGAAGGGACUGACGCUAAUGGGAGAAUCGAAGAGGAAGGAAUUAGAGGGAAGGUGGAAGAUCUUGCGGCAUGCUGAGAUGGAGCUGCUCGUAAAUCGCCAUCUACUGAUUGCGGAGCAGAUUAAGUUGGUAUCUGAAGCACUGCUUUCAAGUUCUUGA